GUUCUGUCAUCUCCGCCAAUCAGAAUAUCAGAGACAGAUCCGAUCGCAGACGGUGAACUUCCCUCGAACGAUCACGACGGAUUACGAGCGCAAUGUCUGGCUCUGCGAUGUUGGGUGAUGCGAGCUCGUGGUCUAGGGCGCUGGUGAAUAUCUCUCCUUAUACGUUCUCCGCUGUUGGAAUCGCCAUAUCUAUCGGCGUCUCUGUCCUCGGUGCCGCCUGGGGGAUUUAUAUUACUGGAAGUAGCUUGAUCGGUGCCGCAAUUAAGGCGCCCCGAAUCACCUCCAAGAAUCUUAUAAGCGUGAUCUUCUGUGAAGCUGUUGCUAUUUAUGGUGUUAUCGUGGCUAUCAUUCUGCAAACCAAAUUAGAGAGUGUUCCAAAGUCAAGUAUAUAUGCACCUGAGUCUCUUAGAGCUGGAUAUGCAAUUUUUGCCUCUGGAAUAAUCGUGGGCUUUGCAAAUCUUGUUUGUGGGUUAUGCGUUGGAAUAAUUGGAAGUAGCUGUGCAUUGUCUGAUGCUCAGAACUCCUCACUUUUUGUGAAAAUUCUUGUGAUUGAGAUCUUUGGCAGUGCGCUUGGGCUAUUUGGAGUUAUUGUGGGAAUUAUUAUGUCAGCUCAAGCAACAUGGCCCUCGAAAGUUUAGUUUGCUGUUUAUGAGAACGUGGGAAUGCAGCUAUCACGGAGCACCAUGUGUUUUUAGUGCUGAAGAUGAAUGCCCUUUUCUGUUUACCCUUUUUACUAGGAAUGGGAAGUCUAGCCGAAUAGUUUGCCUCGGUUGUUAUUAUAUGCUGUGUCAUUUACCAAAGAGGUGUUAGAGAGCUUUGUGCAAUAUCAGUUAAUGUUAUUUUGUGGAUGAGUUUCAACUUCAUGUACUCUUGAAAGACUACAUUAUUAAUUCAUUAAUGAAUAAGCGUGAAAUUAUUUGGUCUUCAAA